GCGCGACAUGGUCCUGGGACGACGACGACGACGACGACGAGCGCAGGAUCAGCGAUGGCGGCCACCGUGCGAAGGGCCACUAGCAGCGCCGCGGCCACCCGGCACCAGCAAGCAGCGUCCAAGGAUCCGCAGGCACGCUUCCAGAUCAUUCCGGACAAGACGGGCGUCAAGAUAUCGCCCCUGUACCGGUUGGACGCGCAGGACUACCGGCGGGCUCGGUACAAACUGAAGAGCACGUCGCGGCCCCUCUCCUUUUGGUGAAAAUUGCUCGACUGUUCGUACUAUUCGGAUGGCCGGCUCGAUGGAUUGCCGGUGGUGAAGAAAACACGACGACACACCAAGUAUCUCAAGUACUGACUGUACUGGCCCCUGGUCAAGUCGUCAACGCACCUUACGUCGCACGUCACGCUCCUCUACACACUCGCCCUUCAGCUCUCCUUCUCUCUCACUCUCUUUCUCUCUUACUCUGUCUCUUUGACCCUCUUUAACUCCAACCACUUGCCAUUCAUUUGCUCCAACUGUCAUAUCACCUAUGUCUUGCUGCAAAGUUCGGAGGUUUUGCAGAGCAAACACAGAGAUCCGUUACACGUGGAAGUUUCCCCGCCAUUUCGCACAAUCCGAGCAUGAGCAGAGCCGCGGAAACCGUUAGCCAUUUUAUCGUCCGUCGUAUCACCCACUCCCAGUAACACCGAUCGGUUCAUUCGAUCGAAGCAUUGAAAGCAGCCAGUAGCAGCAGAAGAAGCAGCACCAACGUCAGCAGCAUCAGCAUCAUCAUCCAACUUCCUGCUCCAGAUCGUUGUUAUCCGCAUCCGCAGUCAUCGUGAUUGUGUUCGUGUUGUUCGUGUGCCUAUUAUGUCUGUCUGAAUGUCCCACUGAAUGUUCAUGUUGCACCACGCGUCAUCACACACAUACACACACACACACACACUCUCACAUGUAAACACACAAGAUCGCAAAGUUACAUCCCUCUUGAGCUUGAUGAAAUUUCCCUGCUAUCACCUACGAUGUACAGCGCAUUACAGAUCACCGACAAAAAACAACCUACACAGCCAUGCGAGAACCAUACCAGAACCAGAACAGAACAAUUUUGAUACAUGCGUUUACGCCCCCCCGUUCGUGCCGGGACGGAGGUUUUUAUACGAAAAAGCAGACGAUAUAGAGCGCAGAAGGAUUAGAAGCACGUGCGAUCACGAUCACCUUACAACCAAAAGAUCACAUCACUUUAUUACGGUUCGCAGUUUUAACUAUCGUUUUUGAGUGAAUUCCGCUUCCUAGCUUGUACAAACCAUCAGCAGAACUUGAGUUUCUUUUUCCCCAAUACCCUUAAAAGCCCAGAGAACGUUGUAUAGAAGUACUAGGCAUCGAAUCGAAUCGUUUGUUGAAAGAUUGCGUUGCGCACGAUGGAGUAAAUAUGUAAAUCAAUCUGAUCAUGUCGCUUCCACCCCACGUCCCCUUCGCUUGUAAAUAGUAACCACGCGCCAAGACGCACACAUCCCGAACAGAUUUGUUGGUACCGAUAUUGGGAAGUAGCCCGGAGAGCAGUAGCAGAUCACACACGCAUCAAGCAUAUCCGUUUCGCUGCUCACCAUUCCUCGAAAAUUCAAUUUGACGGUAGCUUUCGGAUAGUAACCUGUAGGAACUUGAUUGUAUUCACGCCACACACACACACACACACACACACACACACACACACACACACACACACACACACACGUACACAGAAACACUCACCAAGAGACACGCGAUCGCACCAUCGAAUCAUCAGCAUGUAAACCAGAUUAGCACGGAAUAGGAUAUGUAGCUACCAGCGGAUGGGAGAGAACAAGACGAAGUAGAGAAACGAAGUGUGUCCCUUCUCUAGGGUGCCCUCUGAAUCGCUAGACACUGUCUCUUUCUCCAAGCUGACCCCUAGGUUAUCCUGCGAUUGUAUGCUCUAGAAACAGAAUUUAUCCGUUCCGGUGGUUCCGGAAAACGGGCCGGCCUACUGCGGUUCCUUCUCCACCGGUCUCCAGCUGGCACUAGGCAGUUCUGUAGCGUUAGUUACCGAUAGUAGUAGUAGUAGUUUUGCUAGCUCCGAACUUCUUCUUCUUCUUCAUCCGAGUAGGCCAAUCCCCGCCAACACGACUAGACUAGGACUCUAGACGGAAAAUCCAUAAAAUGGCUUUCGAGCGCAAUGCGAUGCUGUAUACCACGCAUCUGUUCUAUUCUAGUUUCGAAGUAACACACCUGACCUGUUUGUUUGACGCCUGCGUAAGCCGAAGCCCGUGGCCGAAGCGACCAGAUAAGUGCACGUGUUUUCCGUUUGUUUUGCAAAACGACAUAUAGAGCAAUUCCCAUUGCACUGUUGAAGUUCCGCACUGUUUUUGUCCUUUCCCCAUCAGGUUCAACCGUCUCCAGAGUAUCCACGGACCCAGACCCUGUUCCCCUUUCCCCUGACAAGUAGCCUAGCCUUCACUACUUCGAAAACCAAGCAAUGGGCAAGGAAUGGAUAGCAAAAUCGGCCAGUGCAUGUGUGCCCGAAUACUACGAACGCGGCAUUAUACCAAACACAAGGGCACUCUAACCGCCCUUGGAUUGUGUCCGGACUCACUGGCUUUCAUCGUAGGCGCGGCGUCAGCUGCCCGUGCCGGUGGAGUGCCGGUGAGUCCGGCCACAAUCGCUCUUUCCACUCCAUCCACAAAUAAAACUUUUCAUACAGAAUGAAUCAGAUCGUAGGUGGAGUGUUCCUUCUCCCCCAAAAACGAAACAAACUAUCUCCGAUCGUUCUUGUCUUCGUCGGAUACUGGGAUGCGGGUAUUCCUUAGGAAUCGGGGUAGGCAUUGAUGUUGUGGACAAACCGUAUUUAGUGUGUGGUAUUGGCCUAGAUACUUGCGUUCGACACGCUGUUCCAACAGCGGAGUCUGUUCUAAAACAACUAGAUCAUCAGUUGCUUCCGUAGCGGAACUAUGAACUUCAAAUCAGAAUGUUUUCCAUUUUUUUGUUUUGCUUUUUGGCCGGUAGCUGGCCGGUAGACUCACUAGUGGCACUAGUAGGCUAGGCUAGUUUUGGGGGGGGAUCAGUCUUUGCUUCAGUCUUUGCUCUCUAGUAGGUCACAUUAAACACACAUCAUCACGCAGAGUUCUAGUUCUGGAGUUCUAGACUUACACUAAACACACAUACACAUACACGCAUAGAAUAGUGGUCAAGUAGUGGGGCAAAUCUUAACAAAUAGGCAACCUUUCAUUAGCAGCCCCAACCAACCGGUGGUAGACACUAAGGCUGUUGCCUAAGAAACGAUGAUUAUUCGUAGCCAACAUCGAUUUGAUUCGAGACCUUCGAGAUCAGAAGAAUGGCGGACAUCCUUUUGAUAUGCUAAAGAAAGUUCAUUAGACCUAUUGCAAACGCAUCGCACGUACACGACCAAGUACAGUGUGUGUCUGUAUGCGAGCUAGUGUGAGCGACGCAUUCAGCAACCAGUCUUACUACUACGUUUGUUAACCUAGCAGAUGACCGUUUAUGCCGCAUUUCUUUCUUAUGGGUAAUCGGUCGUACAGCGCAUCCCGAGGGGUUUUGUAAUGCGACCGAUCAGUGUAGCGAAUGAUACUUUCACAAAACUCAUGCCUCAUGUUCGGGCAUCAGAGAAACACAUUAACACACGCAAGAGCUUACUGCAAUAGGAAAUCCUAAAUGAGCACGCUCAAUUUUAACAAUCGAGUACCAAUAACUACUACUUAAACUACUACCUUAACCAUACGAAAACUAUCCGUAGCAGAGCUAUUAGUAGGUAGGCAAGCACCCAGCUGUGGACAUUAGCAAAGCAUUAACGCAUACACACCCGCUCCGUCAUACAAACCAGCCCCAGUGCAAGAAGGUGGUUAAUACCACUUAGUUUAGCAACUCAUCGUCAACGCCAUCACUAGAGGGAACACCUAAGAGCGAUCAUCAUACACGAGAUCACAUCAAACAGGUGUUACUAUCGUCUAUCGUCAGGCACCGCAUCAUGCUGCACAGUUUUGGCUUUUGGUGAAAGUAGCGAACAAAUUAACGUGUCUAUCAGUUCACGUUGUCGACCAUGGAAGGAAGAGAGUGGACUGUAUUGAAGAAAUUAUUAUUAUUAUUAUUGUUAUACACAAAUUGUCAAAGCUAUACCAAUGAAUGUGAUGUAAAUUAAGGGAACCGACCGUAAAGUAGACGCAAGCACGAUCACGAUCAUAUUCACCGGCAAAGCCAGCAGCAGCUUUCGAGGCAACAGAAAGGGUACAUGAAACACUAUCAACCACGCGCACAUACACACACACACACCCCUUUGGCUUGGUAGUAACGGAGUAACAUCCAAAGCAUUUCAAUAUCUAGCGAUCCAUCUAUUGAUAAACGAUCGCGAGGACGCGCCAUUAAACGUCGAUCGAUAUCAUUUUACCGGGACACCCUACGGGAAAGCAUAUGAUGUUGUUAUGUUUGAAUUAGGCAACCUUUCCAAUGCAUCAGAUUGCGUUGCAUCAGAACUGUUAACCAACAAAUCAGUGAUCACAACAUUCACAUCAGGCGGGCAGACGGUGCAACCAGACCCCUUCAUAUUUGCCUUACAGAAACCGAUAACAGAAACGGCUAAGUCGGGAUCGACCAGAACCGGACCGGGACGGGCUCGUCUCUUUUGUGCAAAUCAGUUCAAAGUCUAUCCUCUUAUCGUAUCGCCCCGAGUGUGGCGCAUACAUUUUGUUGAGCACUGUUUCCCAUUUUAUCGCGUUUUUGGUGCGUUUUAACCAACUAAAGUAAAACAAAUGAAGUAAAACAAACAUAAAAAACAAAAUAUGUGAUAACUAACGGUAGUGCUAAAAUGUUAAAACAGAAACAAAAAAGGUCAAAGAGGGAAGGAAAGGCCUCUUUCGUCGCACUGUAUGUAGUAGCUACGCAUGGAAUACACGAUUUAGCGCACGGAGUCGAGACGAGACGGAGGGGGUUUUGUGUAGGGUACCGUUGUUCAAUCGGCUGGCGACAGGCGUACAUAGGCGUUUCUAGCUCUUUUUAGAAUGGCUUGUUUGUGUAUGGCAAACGGUAUGGUAACGACCAGAGCCCAACCCAACCGCUGUUGGAAGUGUUGCAAAACCUGUGACGAAACGUGUUGGUGGUGAUUGUGGUGGUUAUUGUUUGAGAAAGAAGAAGGCCGUUAUCCCUGAGACAAAACGCACUGUGUUUAAACAUACUACAGAUUAUAUGACUAGACAUUGUACUUGCGAGCGUACGAGGGCAUAAAACAGAGUAACAAAAAAAACCAAAAAACAUAAUGAUGUUAUGAUGUAUCGUAUUUGUGGUAGUGAUUGUUAGUAGCAGAAACCAAAUCAUUAACAAACUUUAAGGCUUCGUCGCCUCCCCCGGGAAAGGGUGAAGUGGGAUUUGCAACAGAAGCGCUCGUACCGCAUCUGGUAGGAGCUGCGCAACCCACUGCCCCUAGCUAGUGCCGUAUGCAAAGUAGCGGCUUAGUACACGUGAAGCCGAGUUUUGACAAAAAGAAACCCAAAUUCACCGGAUACAGCAAAACUCUCAUUGGUUAUCCGCCAGAAUCUAGCAUUAAUGGCACACAACCAGACCAAGAGCGAACAUGACAGGCUUACUAGAGAAGUUGGACAAAGUCGUUGGUGUUGCAUUUGAGGAUUCUAGAAUCGAAAGCCUACGCUACGAGCCUGAUUAGUCUAGAUGCUGGUAGCUGGCCGGAAGUGGAUUGUUAGAUAACAGAACCGAAUCGAAACAAAUGGCAGCCGGCGGGCCUACGGAAUCGUAUUUGAAGCCAUUGCACUUUACUUUUGUUUUUUAGACAUUUUUACCUUUUUGUACGAAAGCAUUUGGAGGACGAUGGGCGAAUGGGCAGACGGACGGACGGUUGAACGUCAUUGUUGCUCGUGGGGUCUACAAAGUCGGGAAGCAUUUUGUGCCAUGUGUGCGGACAUGGGUAUCAGAUCAGAACUCCUUCAUCAACAUCAACAUCGCUGAACCACUUAACCACGUGUCCAGCGCUAGAUUCUCCAUCUAUGCGUGAGCUGAAGCUGCGAUCUGUCUCUCGAGCAUGUCCCGUUUGCAGUGCAGGAAAGUCUUUUUGAAAGGAAAUCCUUCUAAGCUGUGCGUACGAGUGAAGGCUAAAGAUUGUACAACAAUUGGUUAAGGGGUUCGAUGGAACGCGAAUUUGGAAAUUGUCGGCACCGAGCGCAGUGCAUCGGUAUGCAUUCAUACACAUAACACACAAGACAAAACAUCAUCAUCUUUUCACUUCAUACUAUCUUAACAGGAAUAAAUUACUUUUUCUCACAACCUUUCGAA